AAUAAAACGACUGGGGCCCUUAGAACAGAUAUUAGUCAAAGAUUAUCAAGUCAAAGUAUCAGGUAAAAUGUAAUACCCCCCUCACAUGAGAGGCGGAAUGACCCGGAAUGCCGUCUGAAUGAAAAUUCUUUGUAUAUCCCUGGGUAUUCGUAGUACAUUCUAGAAAUUCUCACUGGCGUUCCAGAUAUCUGUGCCCAUCCUUGUGGUGCUCAAAUCACUCGAGGUGAAUUUGAAUUGGAGAAAUAUCGAUCGGCAUUCAGAGUGUGUUCCAACUGCAGUAUGACCGCAUUCUGCGGCACUCCAAUUAUUCUGGUCACGUACGAUGGAGACCCGACACGGCAAGCCAAAUCCUCCAAAUGCGGCCCGAAUGCAAAUCGAUUGCUGCACUCAGCUGGAAUGCAUUUGGAAUGCCUUCUAAAUACGGCUCGAACGCAGUCGGCACACCCUGAUUGGGCCUCGAAUGAGUCAGCUGAUUCCCAGUGACACGCAAUCGAGACCGGCUGCCGCCCGAGCGUCAGUCGACAUAGAGGAAUCGCCUGUCUAACACUACGCCAUGGCGCACAGGAGGAAGGUAGCCAAACUCGCGAGGUUCACCGCUGACCGCUGCCUUGAGGAGAGGGGCCUUCAGGGGGCUGGGGCCCAGGAGGGUCCUGAAGAGCUAGGCCUUGUUGCUGGGGAUUCCCCAGCACCUUCAGAGUCCGCAGCUAUGGGCUGUGUCCCUCUUCUCUCUUCUGUCAAAAUGGAGAUUGUGCCUGAGGUCUACCAAGAAGAUGCACGAUCUCUCUCCGACAGUGAUGGUGAGCUUCCUCCCUGUGAGGAUGCCAGGUCACAGAAGAAGCGCAAGAGAGAGCUAGUGACGGCUUAUUUCAACGAGGAGCAAGAGCAGGAGAUGGUUGACUGGCUCCAGGCCCCCGAGCAAAAUUGCCUCCUCAACAAGAAGCACCCUUACUACAUCAAGAAGGGGUUGAAGGAAGCGCUGUGGGGGCAGAAGGCCGCGGAGAUGGGCAAGACGGUUGGCCAGCUGAAGAAGUGGUACGCCAACAUGAGAUCCAGGUUUAGCAAGAUCAAGCAGGGUUCUGACCACAAUAUCCUGACCGCAAGGGAAUGCUGGAUCCUGCACAACUUCGAGUUUCUCAGGCCCUAUCUCAUCGUUCAGUGCAAAAAGAGGGUGACUGCCCGUUUGAAGACACAAGCUCGAGCAGCUGCAGCGGUAGGAGCUUCCCGGUCUGACCACCACCACCACCAUCCCCCUGCAUCCGCUCAGUCUGAUGCGGACACGUCACCGGGGUCCAGGUCCAGUGCUACUAAUGGUGACACUGAGGCUGCCAGGAGCAGCAUUGCUGAACUGCAAAGUCAGCUACUGAACAAGCUCUCCAAGACACCCAUGCAGCGGCAGAAGGACGCCUUUGCGGACUACAUGAAGGAGGCUACAUACACGUUCCCUCCCGCAAUGUGGCUGAGGUUCCAGGGCGAAGUCAACAGCCUCUUACAGAAGUACCAGUUAGAACUUCUUGGGCAGGCUCAACACCAGCAGCAAGACGGGUUUCAUGGUGUAUCUGAAGAUGUGUUCUAGCCGUUGUAGACAAUUUAUAUCUUCUUUGCAUUUCUACUAACCAACCGCUGGUGUCCUGUGUUAACGUUUCCAUUG